AUGGCUUCCACCAUUCAUGACCCCAGACUCCUCUACAGCAUUAACAAUAUCCGUGCUUUUCACCUCCAAAAUGGCGAAGAGACGGAACUUACCCCGUCUGGUCCCCAGACUCUCUCGCUCCUGAUGGUCCCAACCAGAACUAGCUCACCUGGAAACUCCUUCUCGACGCCUCCCCCCGAUACUUCUGCUGAGGAAGACUUCUACCUUCACUUGCACCUACCACCGGAGCUGGAUCUGGCGCUCCCUGCCACCACCCAGAUCUUCCACCAGCAUCCCGACAGCUACUUGAUUCCUCGCUGGGAUCUGGGUCACGAGGCCGGUGCAUUCAUUCGCAUCCAGUUUCCAGGAGUUGGCUCCGGCCCGGGUAGGGUGACACAGGAUGACGUGGAUACUUUUGAGACUAUCCUGGCGCAAUGCACUGCGUUCCUCGAACGCGCACCCCCGCCCAGUGACCACGCUCCGUAUAACCCUGCGGCGUAUGCGCCUAAUGAAGGGUACAUCUCUUCUCCUGGCCUUGACCAAGAUGAUUCACAUGGCCGGAUUGUUCUGGUAGAUGAGGAAGAUGGCAGCGUUGUGGGUGAGAUGGAGGGAUAUGAUGUGGUUGAGAAGCCUGGGGUCCAACCCGGCUCAAAGAGACCUGUGGAGGUUGAACUUCCUAACGAGGGUGAGGGCAAUCAAGUCCGAGUCAGCAAUGUCUCCGAGGAAUACCUGCGGAUGGCCCGUCACCCGGCCUACAAGGACUCCACGAUCGUCCAAACAUCAGCGACAGCCUCCCGCUUGAUCGUUACCGGGUCUUCUUAUCUUGCGAACGCCCUCACGAGUGGUGCGGAAAGUUUCACCAGGAAGACCAAACCCAACCCUAAGCCCAUGACCUUCUCGGAGACCACACACUCGCGGAUCAGAAGAGUCGGCACCUUCUCGCAGGGUGCUGCCGACCUCUCUGCCAAGACAGUUGGGCAAGUUGGUAAAUACGCACAGAACAUCGGUGCAUCCCUGGCCCGCCGCAAGGAGAAUGACAGACAGAGAGGGGUGGAGAGGUAUGGAAAUGACUACAAGCCGGGCAUUCUGAACAAGUCGAUGAUUGCGUUCUCGACUUUGACGGAUGGCAUCGAACAAAGUGCCCGUAACGUACUGAUCUCGGGCUCGACUGCUGCCAGUACCAUGAUCGGACAUCGCUACGGCGAACAGGCGGGCUCCGUGGCCUCCAAUCUGACUGGCGGGGUCAAGAAUGUUGGUCUCGUGUACAUUGAUGCCGCGGGCGUGAGUCGCAAGGCGAUGAUAAAAUCUGUUGCCAGGGGCAUGGUUGUCGGGCGCAUGCGAAAUGGGGAACAGGUUGUCGUCGGCAGUGGUGACGGCGGGGAUGUUCCCCCUGGAGCAGCAGGUCCAGCCCAAGGUCCACCCCAGCAACAGCCUUGGGCAGGCCGUCCUCCGGUGGUGAGACGUCCGUCCUCGAGUUCGACUCCUCCGCCUGCAUACGGUGCUCCGGGCACUACUUCGCUGGGCGGUAUAUCUAUGUCUGGGGGUCGGCGUUGA